GGAAAAUUGGUGUUCGCCCCGGUAAAGCUUCCCGCGCACACAGUGUCAAAACGGCGGCACAGAAAAAAUCAACCUUACUUUCCUAAAGAUUCACAUUCUAGGACAAACUGCUCUAUUUAACAUUUCUAUUUUGUUACACAACCUGUACAGCCUGCACCGAAAUGCCUCGCAUUGAGAAUGACAUCAAGCUGGACUUCAAGGAUGUGCUCCUCCGUCCAAAGCGGAGCACACUGAAGUCAAGGAGCGAGGUAGACCUAACGAGGAGCUACACUUUCAGGAACUCCAAGGGCAGCUACAGAGGGAUCCCAAUUAUUGCUGCAAACAUGGACACCGUGGGGACCUUUGAGAUGGCCCUGGCUUUGCACCAGUUCACUCUUUUCACCACGAUUCACAAACAUUACUCCGUGGAUGACUGGGUGGAGUUUGCAAAACAAAAUCCUGAAUGCGUGAAGAGUGUAGCAGUUAGCACGGGUACCGGGGAAGGGGACUUUGACAGGAUUUCAGCCAUCUUGGCGGCGGUGCCAAAGCUGCAGUUUAUCUGUGUUGACGUGGCCAACGGCUACUCCGAACACUUUGUUCACUUCGUCAAAGACGUCAGGGAGAAGUUCCCCUCUCACACUAUAAUGGCAGGAAAUGUGGUGACAGGAGAGAUGGUAGAGGAGCUAAUCCUGGCUGGUGCUGACAUCAUCAAAGUAGGCAUUGGACCAGGCUCUGUGUGUACCACCCGCAUGAAGACGGGGGUGGGCUACCCCCAGCUCAGCGCUGUGAUCGAGUGUGCAGAUGCUGCCCAUGGCUUGGGUGGCCACAUCAUCUCUGAUGGGGGAUGUACUUGCCCAGGAGAUGUGUCAAAGGCUUUUGGUGCUGGAGCGGACUUUGUGAUGCUGGGCGGUAUGCUUGCUGGACACUCAGAAAGCGGGGGAGAGAUUAUUGAAAAAAAUGGCAAGAAAUACAAGCUGUUCUAUGGAAUGAGCUCCGACACGGCAAUGAAGAAACACGCAGGAGGCGUGGCUGAGUACAGAGCGUCGGAGGGGAAGACAGUCGAAGUUGUUUACAAAGGUCCGGUGGACGUGACAAUACGAGACGUCCUGGGCGGGGUCCGAUCCACCUGCACCUAUGUAGGGGCAGGGAAACUGAAGGAGCUGAGCCGCAGGACCACCUUCAUCAGGGUCACCCAACAACUCAACACCGUCUUCGGCAACGACAGCUGAAUGUCCGGCUCAAUCCUGCUUCCUAACUAAGGUUAUAAGUCGGUUACACUGCCUAAAUGAUGCUGUUUGUGGAUUGACCAAGUGAACAGACAUGAAUAUUAAUACUGAAAUACUGUCCUUUUACUUUCCUUUUUCACUGCAAUGCAAAUUUGAGUACAUUGGGUUGUGACUUCAUUGACAUUAACAGAAAUAUUUUUCAUUACAAAGACUCUGAGUCGCUUUAGACUCUGAAUGUUACUUUCUUCAUACAAUCUACAAAGUAUUCCAGGGGCCAGGAAGAUGUAAGCUAGAGCAGCAUGUCUCCAGCUCGUUGCAUGUCUGCUGUCUCAUCAUUCCAAUGCAAGGUCCUUAGUUUGAGUUUUUAUGCAAAUCCAUAACUGUCUAUUAACAGUAUCUACAACAUGUAGUUAGGCUCUAUGCUUAUAUUAUACUGUAAGCCUCACACACACAUAAAAUUAUAGCACUUAUGAGCAAUUAUAGCAUUAUAGCAAAUUUCGUAAAUUAUUUAGAAAGUACUAAAUAUGUAUUCAGCAGCUGGGGCUAAUUAUGAAAUUUAACUUUUUUAAAGAAAUUCAAUCAUUCCACCACUCUAAGUUUUGCACUUUAAUUACUUGAGAUUUGAUAUAUUUAGUUUCCAUUAUCAUUUUAAUAAAAAUGCUUCGAAAGUUCUUGUAGAAUUUGUAUAUGGACCAGUAAAUGCUGAAUGCUAGAGUACAGUACUAGAGCACAUACUGUAUAGUUCAAACCAAUGAAGUGCUGAAUUCAUAACAGAGGUGUUCAACAUAAAUAUAUAUUAUGCAGCCUUUAUCAUCCUUGGUUCUAGCUGCUCCUGAUCAGUACCAAAGUUUGUGUGGGCUCAUGUUACCGAUGUGCACAUUCAAAUUAUUAUAUGAUUCAUUACAGCCUUAAAAUAAAGAGAUCAUUCCUUGGAGGUUUUGCAACAUGAGUAUUGGGUAAUUAUGGAUUCACUUCACACAGUGUCUGUAGCUACUCCACUUCAAGCUGUUUUUUGUGUUGUUUCAUUUUCUUAUUGUCACAUUGGGGUGAAAAUAGCAAAAUGUAAAAAUCUAAUUGCAGUUUUCAAAUUCAGAUGUUUCAACCAGUCAAUAAAAACAUUCCACAUCUUAAA